ACCAACACCAACACCAACACCAGCACAAUCAUCUCAACCUGAUCAAGAACCAAGCCUCUGAUUACAUACUUACUAUCGACCGAUCGAUGAUCAAUCACCCUGCAAACUCAUCAUCCAAGAACAACCACUCGUCACCAAACCAACACCAGUUGAACUUCAAACCAACCAGAUUAAGUCAAAACCAACGCAGAGCAAACGACCAACAGACUUUCUCUCAUCUCUUAGGAUUCACCUUACCACCUCGCUCGGCUCAAUCUAAUCAGUCAUCAUCCUCUACUCGUCGUCCUGCCAGGAAGCAACAUGCUCACACUUCUUAUUACGACAAAGAUCGAUUUGUCCAUGCCAAAUAUCGAUUUAUCUUGAAACCUACUGGCGAUUACACAGUUCAUUUUGCCGAUCCGGACAUUCGAUUCAAUUGGCCAGACAUUCUACAAGUGAUUGUGAACCAUUCAACCCACUUGCAUACAGUCUCCAACCAUCCUCAAACCUCCGAUCUCGAUCCAGAUCUCCCCUUUGAGAAGCAUGCCUGUCCAAUCUGUUUAUCCGAACCCACCGCUGCACGAAUGACCAAAUGCGGCCACAUUUUUUGUUAUCCAUGCAUCCUUCACUACCUCGAACUGUCUGAUGAUGGCAAGGCCCAAGGUCGAAAAUGCCCAGUAUGCUAUGAAACUAUACUCAAGAAAGAUUUGAAGAGCGUCAAGUGGUUCGACUGCAGUCCGGAGCAGGCAGGAGAUCAUCCAGACCCUGUCUCGGAUCUGAUGACCUUCCGACUGAUCGAACGUCCUAACUUCACCACCCUAGCGCUCCCUCGUUCCACCACUUGGCUUUCCUCUGCCGUUCCGACUCACCAUUCCCCGUGGCAGUUUACUCCCGAUGCGCUCACCUUUGCCAAAUUCAUGCUGGCAUCUCCCGAUUACAUGACGACUGAGCUUAACAAAGAUUUAGAAGAACUCCAUAGCGAACGCUUAUUACUCUCCAAGUGGUCAAGCUCGCAGGAUGGAUCGGAAGACUUGGGUAUCGUCUUCAUCCGGGCCGCAGAGGCCAAAGUUAGAGAACAGAUUGAGAAGGUCGGUCUACUGAAGACUACGUUCGUCAUGACGGAAAAGAAACAAGCCAAGUGGAAAAUAGAUCAAGCAGUCGAAGAGGCCAACCGAGGCCUCGAUUCGGCCAAUCAACUCCAGAUCUCGACUACUACCGAUGAAGAAGAGUUGACGCCUAUCCCAGCUACGGUGGAAAGUCUUAUUCCUCAGAGCCUUGAUCAGCCGGCCUUUCUACCAAAUCAACGUGAACACACUCUGCUUAUCAGUCCUGGCGAUUUCAACAACAACAAUACUCAUGACGAUGUUCCUAAAGCUCCAGAGUCACGUUUGGUCCAGUCGGACUUUGUCUCGUCAACCGCACCAAAACCCCGAAAAAAUGUCAAUCCACCCGAACCAACCUCAACUACCUAUCGUUUCUACCAAGCUGCCUCAGGAGAACAGAUCUAUUUAUCUGCCCUCGACAUUCGUGUUCUCCUCACCAAGUUUGGUUCUUUCGAUUGUUUCCCGAGUUCUAUCACACUAAAAGUGGAAGGUUGGAGUGAGGUGAGGGUAUCGGAUGACUUGCGACGACGAUGUCGAUAUCUUUCACAUCUGCCGACGGGCAGCGAGGUUCGAAUGGUCGAGGUGGACUUGGAUGAAUAUCUUGGAGAUGACUGCUCGUUAGUCGAAGCUGUUCGAAAGAGGCGGGCGAAGAGACGCGAGAAGACGAAAAAGGAAGACAAAGCGAAGACGAAGAGUGAGAUGGUCGACCAAUCAAGCUGGAAUACUUUCACAACCAAGUCGGUCCCAGAUUGGGUCGCCCCCGUUGGCGUGAAAGACCAUCAAACAAGUGGACCAAUGAAUCAUUCGUCUUCAGCAGAAGCGCUCGUGUCGGUCGAUUUAUCAGGAGGUUCUCAAAGACCAAUCGAAUCUGAUGGACAACCCAGUGGAUCAAGAACCGUCUGGGGUACCUACAUCCCAUCGAAUGCGACGAGUUCGGGUGCUCCAGCAGACCAAGUGCACGAUCCGGAUGAUAUUUGGGCUUCACAUCAGGUCCAUCUUGGCUUGAAUAGAGCCAGGGCUGGUGUGAGAGCUGAACUCAACACAGAGGAUCUGGACGAUAGUGAUGAUGAUCAAGAAGGUGGUGAAGGUAGCAAGAAAAAAGGUGGCCCUCGGAAAAAAGGCAAACAGAAAAAUCGCAAACAUGUCAACAAAGUCGUCAUCAAUCUGAGCGGCGGUACUGGUGGUAGAAGAUUCUGAUUGGGGUUUUUUUCUUCUGUCAAAUUAUCAUCGGCGUUAUCCACUAUGCUCUUCUAUACCCACUACACCAAAACCAAGAAAACAAGAUCUAAAAAACAGACAAAAUCACAAUUAAAACCGACAAAAAAUUACUUCAAAGCAAAUUGUUCAUCUAUUAUUUCUUCUUCACUGAAGCGGACAUGUUGCCCAAAAGCAUUUCUCUUUCUCUGCCCUUUCCUCUGCCUCGAUUCUCCGUCUUGAUCCGUUUUCCCAUGUUUGUCUUAAAAUUUAUAUUUAUUCAAUCCUCUUUUUCUUUCCUUGAAGCAUUUCUCCCACUUUUCAAUUUUCCUUCUAACAAGUGAGUGUUGAUUUCAUAUAUGUUCAUAUGUGUAUGCAUGACUGUGACGUUUCUGGGUGAGUUAAGUUGUAUAAUUUAGUGAAAUAGUCUUUCUCAGAUUGAAUAUACAGAUAAUACUAAACAAGCAUCCCGACUUUUACUACAUGUGCUAUCCAAAUCAAAUCUCAAAUAUCACUUAUAUGUUUUUGCCACACCGUUCGAAUCCAAUCCUGAUGCCUAACUCUGUGUUGUGGGUCUAUGUAAUAAAUAAAAUAUGGUCCAAGUGAAUGACCAAAUCACCUGGUAAAUCACAUU